UAUGAAAUGUCGAGUAACUACCAAACUUCAACCAGUAUAUGAAAACAUCUGAAGAUAUCACCCAUUUUCGUCUCCGCUGGACCUUGCUGGCUGUACCUGUUCCUGUUUCCAAACCUUUACUCGAACUAGGUAACCUCAAAGCCACCAAAGUUCAGUGGUGUGUGUGGUCCAUCAGCACGUACUCGACAAUAUGCAGGACAACACAUCGCUUUUGAUAAACAAGAAAGAAAAGAGCGAAAUACUGCUCGUCCAAAGUUAACCGCAUCAGAUGUUUGUGUGGAGAAAAAGCAUGAUAGAACACUCAUGUUGCCUCCACACACUGGACAAGGCACUAUCAACGAGCAUUCAUUAAGCAGUGAGAUUAAAUGCGGAAAAGAAGAGAGGAUCUGUGAAGUGGUCAACAAGAAUCCCUGACGCCAUCCGUUUAUUACCAUAUGUCCGACAGAUAUAGCUGCUUGAUAAAGUUAUACUCCACCAAUAUAUAUAAAAGAUUGGAUACUUGAAGGACACGUCUCACCAUAUUUGUCAAUCAAAUAAGAGAUACGUUAUCUAUGGCAUAGUGGCCUGUGUGGAGAAGCGGCCAGUCUGCGUGUACACUAGUUAAGGAUAACAUAACACCCGCUAUACCCACCCUGUGUCUCGCCCUCACACCUUCACAUCGUCUACAAGGAAAUCAUCGGUACUCAUCAACACCACAUGUGAACCGUGAAGGAAUAAUUGAGAAUGUUGAUCUUGGCAAUAUGUCGAUUAUCAAGAGUUAAAUUGACGUGUUUGUGAGAGCCACCAUGACCCAGUACUUCACCAAUAACACUAUGAUGGGGGAGUAUAUACGACAAGUGAGCGACGCUUUCUGGCGACCAGACUUUUGGCUGCCGUUUGGACUCAGGUGGGAAGACCUGCAGAGCACCGGUGACCUCCAGUUAGCGGAGUUCAGCGAUGUCUGGACUUACCCGCUGCUGUUCAGCAUCAUCUUUGUGCUUAUUCAACACCUCAUACUAGAGCCGCUGGUGCUGUCCCCUCUGGCUCGGGCUGCUGGCAUCAGCAACUGGCGGCCGCCGCCACCGCCGCCCAACACAGCCCUCGAGGUUGUCUUUCUCCAGCAUGGCAGCAUAGCUCCCGAGGCGGUACUUAUGAAGGCGUCACGUACAUCCAACUUGUCGGUUCGCCAGGCAGAGAGAUGGCUACGGGCUCGACAUAAAGCUACGCGCAUAAAUAAACAUGACAUGUUCGUGAACAACGGCGUAACUGCCAUUAUGCACAGUGCCUUCUGCAUCAGUGGAUGGAUCUUAAUGUACAACAAACCCUGGGUGUGGAACAUCACCUUGUGCUGGCAGAACUACCCCUACCAUAACUUGGACGUCGAGGUCUGGUGGUACUACAUGGUCAUUCUCGCCUCCUUCUGGGCUGUCACCAUCUCAGAAAUCGUGCAGCCUCGCAGGAAGGUGGACGGCAGAUAUAAGAUUAUUUUCCAUCACUUGUGUACGGUUAUGCUCCUGACUUUUUCUUGGAUCUGUCACUUCACACGUAUAGGUACAGUUGUGCUGCUGGUACACGAGUGUGCUGACAUCCCGCUGCUAAUCGCCAAAAUGUUUAAGUACUCAGGUUGGGAAAAAGUCUCCAAUGUGCUGUUCGCUGUGUUCUUGGUGUUGUGGCUCGUAACUCGUUGUGGCAUAUAUCCGUUUUGGGUGAUGCCCAGGGUGUUCUUUGAGUCCACCACCUACAUGAUGAUGCCAUCUGCUUACUUGUUCUUCACACUAUUGACCGCCCUCCUGAUAGUGAACCAACUAUGGACUGUACUCAUCUUGCGCGUUCUGUUCAAAGCGCUCUUACAAAAAACUCCCCUUAAAGAAGAACGAUCAACAACAGAAAGUGAAGAUAAAGAUGAAGACACAAAGAAAGACGAUUGAGAGAAUAUAUUCCACAGUGAUUAUUGUCUUCACUAUAUACCAGAGCUAAAACUUUGUCUUCCACAGUGUGUCAUGACAGAUGGGAGUUUACCGUAUCGCUUUGAGUUGUUCUGUAAUCAACUCGGAUAUCUCCCAUUUUUUUUACCUCGUUCACAUGUAAAACACCUGAGUUCUCUAAACCUUAUCAUUAUGUGAGCAGAAAUGUAAAAACUACAGCAACAGAUAACUGGCAGGUAUGAUGAAUGUAACGAAAACUACAUUGAAAUACAGCUUCAUAUAACUGAAAUUAUUACGACACGAGAGAUAUACUGUACCCAGCAUCUAAACCCACAACACAUCCUAUCACGGUAGAUAACGAGAGAUGUGAUAGACUCUAAACAUGAUGGUGAGUUGUGUCUUGCUGUGGGAUGAUGUAACACUCGGCUGAGCCCAGGAAAUGGUCUUGGCUCUGAUACACUUACCAUCAACAGUAACUAGUUUUAGUCACCUAGCCAUUCAGUAGGGAAAGUCUCCCCCAACAGGCAAUGAUUUUUUUUAGGUUA